AUGACCCGUGUAGCCGACGAGCUGACGACAAAUCCGUUCAGCCUGCCUCCUGAGCUGGAAUGCUUUUGGAUGCAAGAACCCUCGGCCGAAAGGUCUGACGAGCGCUUGCAGGAACGCGAGUUGAAGGUGUGGGAGAAGCCGACUUGCUUAUCCAGCUAUGCUGCGAUCUCCAAGAUUAGCGAGUCUGAACUUCCUAUGGCGCCUCUGCCUCGCGCAGCCAAAGAAAUGCUUGCAGCAACGAAGCGGAAGGUCAUGGAAGAAGAGCAGCCAGACAACACUUUCCUGACGACAAUGGCCACAAAGCCAGCCAUUGGACUUGUCGAGACCCUGCGCAAGAGCGAGAAAGAUGUCAGGACCUAUGUGCAAAAGAAGCGUGAGGUUUUCCUCGUGCACAUGGCGUGCGACAACAAGCGAGAGGAGAUAGUGCGUUUAGAUGCCAUGGCAAAGGCGAAGGAAGAUGCUUUGACAAUUCCCCAGCAAAUUCUGGACGAGGACACCAAGAAAUUCGAAGAGUACCUCCAGGAAAGAAUCGCCAAAGCUUCUUCCUCCACGAAAGAUAGUGAAAUGCAUGCAAAGGUCAAGCAGGACAAACUUGGGAGAAUCAAAAGCCUGAGACAACAGAUCGCUACCGUACAAAGCGAGACGAGCAAGCUGAAGGAGGUGAGGGUGGAGUGCGAAAAGUACAAGAUGUUCUUGGAGAAAAUCACUCCCGCAGAAUGGAAAGAAGAGCAGAAGCGAAAAAAGGAGCAAAGGAAGAAGGAGCGAGCAGAAAGGUGGAAGAAGGAGCGCCUGGCCCCCUUCAUGGAAUAUCUCGCGCAUGAAGAACAGAAACUCUUCGAAAAGUUUGCUCAGGAGGACGCUGAGGCCGAAGCUUCAAAGAAGCGCGGCAGGAAGCAACGGCGAAGAGAAGAUGAGGAGGAGUUCCAGCAGCGGCAACGCGAGAGGGACAGUCGCCGCAAGCGCCUUCAAAAACGAAAAGAGGAGGAGGAGAGGAAAGUCGAUGCGGAGUACGUUGCUAUUUCUUCAGAGGAGGAGCCUGAGCUCUUCUUCAAGGAGCCCCAACAACUCAUGGACAGUUUCACAGAUCUGGAAGAGCUGAACCUCUUCCUCAUCCAGAGUUCUCAGGAAGCCGAGCAGCAGCUGGAUGAGAUUCGCAAUAGCUUUGAAGCCAUGCAGAAGAACAUGGGCCACAAGGUGCAGCAGCUGAAGGAUCAAAUAAAGCAGUUGGAUCAAAGUAUCAAGCAGGAGCAGCGCAGAGGCGAAGAGAUAAAGCAACGCCAUGCGGAGAAAGCCAGCACAGCAACACAGGACAAGAAAUUAAGUAGCUUGGCGAAGAAGGUGCAUGAGGUGUACGCUCGGUGCAAUCUGGCAAGAGACCAGCAGCAGUCAGAUACACUACAGAUGCUGGGGGCGAUCGAAUCGCGGAUUGAGGAGUUAAUUCAAGGCCUUGAUGAGGCUUAUCAGCAGGAUGAAGAGCUGGUAAUGCGACUGGAGAAGAUCAAAGAGAGCGAUCGGCGUGAGCGAGUGCGCGAAAGCCGACUGAAGGAACAACCAGAAAAGCAAGAGUUUCGGUUGAAGCAAUCGCUGCAACGAGCGCAGAAGCCAAUCUUCAAGAAGGCCGGCAAGCAGCUCAUGUACCGGUCGCCACCUCUACGUCAGGAGCACAAAGUAGUGGAAGACAAUUCCGAUGAUGAAGCGCAUGCCAGAGACCACGAGGUUUUCGACAUCUACAUCGACAGAAAGACGGGAGUACCGAAUACGACUGCGCCUUCGGAAGAAACCAGGCCUGGAAGCGCCUCGCAUCGAGUCAGGACAACGUCUCACCAAAAGACACCGCGAGAUGCGGCCGCUCCAAAAAGCGCGCGGCUGCCCAGCAACAGGGUGGUGGAAAAAAAACUACAUGCUUGUAAAGGCAUGCCGCAGCAUGCCCUGGAUGUAAAGAUGAAAUGGACGCUUGCUCUGCUUGCGGUGGCCUGGCCCACUGCUGCGCAGAGCCCUUUCGGCAACGGACAAAGGUUUGCGCCGGGCAAUGUCGGGGCGGCAACUGGGGGCUUCGGCCAAAUUCCUGGUGUUUCUGCGCCCGGACUGCUGACAACAUUGGGAAGGCAGCCUGGUUCUGUCGAUUCAGGCUUUGCAAGACCGGCUGUUGAACCCUUUCAGCAGCCGGUCUUUGCGCAAAUGGUGGAUCCCGCCAGGCCAUCACCCAACACGAAGGACUGGCCACAGAAUGUGGCCUAUGGAUCUUAUCCCGGUCCCACAGGGCUGCCACCCAAUGGGCCACAUGCAAAUUGGCAAGUCGACCAGCGGGUGCCAGAACAUGGUCAACAUGCACAAGGCAGCGGCGGCGAGGGCAUGCAGGUUUUUCAUGCGGCGGUUCAGCUCAUGCAGAAGGGGCAGUUGAUGGAAGCCAAGAAGGCCUUGACUGCUGCCGUGCAUGUGCUUGGCACGUCACGUGAUAUUCUGCCUGUUGCCGCACAGCUUCGACAUCGUAUGGGCUUACCAGAGGUGUCGGCAGAGCAAGUGGAGGUUUGGUUGGAAUGGAGGACUGAAGACAGGUCCACCAUUGGUUGGAAGGUGCUUCUGCUCCUUAGCGGGAUUCUGUCCGUGCUCGUUCUCGUGUACCGGGACAGAGCACAGAAAGGCAUAGGGAGGAUUCUGGUACGAAGACGAAGCGGACUUUCGCAGCAGGGUCAGACCGAGCCAGAGCCAGAGCAGAGAAGACCAGUUCUCGAGCCGAGGUUCAUGCCAGCUGAUGCUUGUAUCGGUGAUGAUGCCGGGCAGCUGAACAAGAUCGACAGACACGAGCAGACUGAUGCUUAUGCUGUGCCAAGCGACAGCGUGGCUGUCCUGGCAGGGCCUAAAGAGGAAGCCAGCCAGAAUGAGAUUUUCGACAGUGUUCCGAAUGACUUGAGGGAGCCCGAAGCAGAGGAACAUGUGGAAGAGUACAGCAUGGCAGACUGCGAGGAUGUCGCUACAGAGACUCUGCAUGAAGGUGACCAUAUCGACCUUAGACCCUUCGUGAAGGAGUUGGAACAGGAGCCCGCUUCGCCAAGAGUUGGAAGCACCGAAAGCAACGGCGCCAAGUCAGACGAACCACCAGCAACUAGAACUGCGCAGAUGGAUGGAGCCUUUACCAUCCUGAGGUUUCUCAGCGACGGACUGCAGCCAUCGGCGGUAGUUUCAGCGGAGGCAUUGCCAAAUCAUGCCGAGGUCGAUGUCACGGAUUUGGAUAGCAGCGCCUUGCAAGCCUCACAUCAAAGGGCUGAAGCAGGUGAGAGACGGAAUCCGGAAGCGUUUCCAGAUUCCCAGCAUGCCCAGCCACAAAAGGCCAAGCGUCAGGUAUGGAGAUCCAGGGCGAAGAAGGCCGAAGAUGACAGACUUGUUGAAGCUGGGAUGCUCGAUGACGUCGUGGAAGCCUCGAAACCUGCAUUUGCCACGGUGGGUCAUUCCACGGACGGGCACAAGGACAAAGUCACGUCAGGGAAAACAGAGCACACCAAUGCAGCCUCCAAGCUGCCACCCAAAGCGGAAGACUGGGGCUGGGGAGCUGGCCAUCCACAGGCUGCAAGUGAUGGCUGUAUCUAUUUCGCUGGUGGUCCACCUCCGGGCCGCCAGAUCCAGCCAACAGCGCAAGCUCCCGCCAAAACAGGACGUCGAUGGCAAGCUGGAGGGCGCGCCUCCUCAGUGCCAGACACCUCUGUGGAGGAAGAACUGCUUGAGCUUGAUGUCAAGCUGGAGCAGGACGGCAACUUCUUCCUUGCCAAGCCCACGCGUUUCCGGCCGCAGGGGUGCUUCCUGCGGCUUCAAGGCGGUCGAGAAGCUUUUCUGCCUGUGGAGCACAUCACGCCACGUGCCGAUGCUUCAACAAACGGCGUCAGAAGCAUCGUCACUCAAUCGUCCAAAGGUGGACGCCUACGUGUUCGGGAAAUCGGCGCCGGCCGUGUUUCCAUGCUAACACCAAACGAAGAGGCGCUGCGAUGCAAGGAGUUGGAAGCAAGACGUCGGAACAUGGAGGAAAAGAUUGAGCAGCUGCGGGAGAACUACAAUCCUGCGAAAUGGAUCAUCGGCUUCGUUUCUGCAGUGCAGCCCAAUGGGGUCUACGUCAGCGUUAUAGAUGGGCAGGAUGCAAGGAUACCUCUGAAGGAACUGCCGGAGAAGUUCUUGAUGCCGGCGGAGGAUGGCUCAGGCGAAGCCAAACCAACCCUGGAGAUUGGCCAGGCUGUCCAAUUCCGGCUCGUUCGCUACUCGUGGGGAUCCGAAAGUUUCGCGGCAUCCAUGUUGCCUGUGGUGGAAAGACAACAGAGGACUCGCGAAAGAGAUCGCCCUACGGACUUCGAAGCUGAAAGGCCUCCAUCGCCAGAUCGUUCAGCAGGAGCCAAAGCAUGGGCGGCCAAGGGGUACAGCGUGGUGACGCAUGAAGCUGCAGUGGAGCUCAACGGCUGGAUUCGCUCCAGAAUAGAGGAGAAGAAGUCGACGAAGGGCUCGAAGGCACUGGUCAAGACCAGCAACAAGACUUACCUGGUCAGCGUCGUCCGUGGCAUGAACACGAAGGCUGUUGGCAGCAUCGAUGUGGAGAAAAAUGUUUCAGACAAGGAGGUUAAGCAAGCCGCCGUGGACCUGCUCUUCAAGCAGAGCCUCUUGAAGGCCGGGGAACAGCACAAAGGAAUUGUCAUCACAAAGAACAUCAUCAGCAUCAAAUUGUGA